AUGACUAUCUUUCCGGCAGACAAUCAGGGCAUCACCAAAGCUAUCGUGAAAAGCAAUGAUUAUGGCAAUGGUCCCAUCAAGUAUCCUCUCUGGUUCGGUGGCACUUCAUCCGCUCUCGCAGCGCUGUUCUCUCAUCCGCUCGACUUAGUCAAGGUCCGACUACAAGCACAACACCAUCACGGAGCUCUUGACAUGGCUGAGACAUUUCAGCAUGUCUACAGAAGUGAAGGCAUUACUGGACUGUACCGUGGCAUAUCGGCAUCGCUCCUGCGUCAACUCACAUAUUCCACUGCACGCUUCGCAACCUACGAAAAGCUCAAAUACAUGGCCGAGAACGACGGCGUCAAAGCUCCUCAUACUCUGCUCGUCGGGCUUGCUGCAAUUUCUGGAUUAGUUGGUGGUCUUGUUGGAAAUCCAGCGGACAUCUUGAACGUCCGCAUGCAAAAUGACGCUGCUUUGGUCCCUGCUGAUCGCCGCAACUAUGGAAAUGCCGUUCGUGGAUUCAUCACCAUCGUCCGAGAGGAAGGCUGGAAGCAAAGUGUCUUCAGAGGCAUGGUCCCCAAUCUAGGAAGAGGUGUUUUGAUGACAGCAGGACAGCUCGCCGGAUACGAUGUGUUCAAGAUCAAGAUCUUGGCCCAUACUGAGAUGCAAGACGGCACCAUGACACACAUCGCAGCCAGUACUCUUGCAGGUCUUGUCGCAACAACACUGUGCAAUCCAUUUGACGUGUUGAAGACGCAGAUCAUGGCCCAGAAUGAACGUCUCGGCAUGUGGCAUACAGUCAAGAAGGUGCACAGAGUUGAAGGACCGAGAUGGAUGUUCCGUGGAUGGCUCCCUGCUUUCAUCCGACUUGGGCCUCAUACUGUUGCGACAUUCCUCUUCUUGGAACAGCACAAGAAGUAUUACAGAAAGCACUACGCGGAUUAGGUGGUUUGGCGAUGGCCCUGAGAUGGCGGUCGAAUGUCCUCGAGUCUGGUCGAAGUAUCCUAGACCGGAGCAACUUUGCUCCUAGAUAUACAAUAUGACCUGUGUGUUCCUCUAUGAUUGAGAGUAGCCCUCCAUGUGA